AUGGUUUCCUUUGUUCUGCCGCUACUUCUGCACAUCUGCCUCAUAAAUACGAGGUCUUUGGUUCUUGCCGUUGAAGACUUGGCAUCAUUACAGGCAAGCACAGCUGCCCCAGCUACUGCGAGUAACCAAUCUACAGCUAUACAGCAUACCAAAGUUACAAACCAAAAGCGGCUCCUGUACAUCAGUGAACCAGAGGAGGAUUACUAUGAUGACGAUGAGGAGGAGACACCAGUUCCUCCACCUCCACCUGUACCUAAGAAUCCGUGCACCUACGAUCGCUGUGAGCAUCUGUCACCAACAUGUGAAGAUAUUCAAAAUAAAGCAGGUGGCAAUUGUCUUUGCCCAGGUAUAGAUGGACCAAACAUCAAACCAGACCCCCCACAGCUGAGUCAAGUCUUGCCUGGUGACCGAGAAGUGACUGUGAAUUGGUGUUCCCCUUCAUCUACAGUGCGCAGUUAUAAAGUACUGUACCUUGGGCCAAACAGUCAAGUGGAAGAAGGACCAGCCCUUAAUGCCUCAUACCGCUCCUAUUCCAUUGCAAAUCUCCUCCCUGCUACUCAGUAUACAGUGUGUGUGGUGGCCAUUAAUGAUGCUGGAGAAAGUCCAGCAGAGAUUAAUGAGGCAGAAGAGGAUACAGAAGGAAGUAUGAGAGGUCCGUGCAGGAUGCUCCACACCACUGCCUCCAAAACGUCACACAUGUAUAUAGGCAUAGGUGUAGGCCUAGGAGCAUUGGUGGUAGUGAUGGCUGUCUUGGGCAUCUUGCUGUGCAUCAAAAAGAAGAAGAAGAACAGAAUGGACGUUGAAGAGAAGGAAAUGGGAAUACCCAAUCAUUCAUACAAGGUUGGGAGUAUAUACUAGCUCUAAAAGCAAUGGACUGGAGCAAUGACUUCUGA